AUGAUACCAAUCCCAAGACUAGAGCAAGGUGGAGGAGGGCGUGGUUCAGACAAAAGUGAACAGUUUCCUCCUCCGCAUUUUACGCUUUUUACACCUGAUGACAACCCACCUAUCAUCCAAUCAAUCAAGGACUGGCUAUCAAACUGCGACCAUCGUCAUAGUGGUGCCUGUACCGUAUCAUCUUCGGCAUCUAGCAUACAGCAGAAAGUUUCUUGGCUUAUUGAUGUCAAGGAUCGCUGUAUAGUACGAGGGGCUGCUUCGAACGAAUAUCUGGCGCUCAGCUAUACUUGGCAGAACAAGACAAGUCAGACCAACAAGGAUGCUGAGUUACAGCUGCUCAGCAACAACAUCGAGUUAUUGACGACGGUCAAUGCGCUGGGGCAGUAUAAAUCGAAGUUACCCAAAGUUAUAACCGAUAGUAUGGAGUUGACGAGCGCAAUUGGGAAAAGGCAUCUAUGGGUGGAUAGACUCUGCAUCGUCCAAGACGAUCCAGGGAAAGCAGCCGAGUUUUCAUCAAUGGAUCGUGUGUAUUCUAGCGCCUACAUGACAAUUAUUGCUGCAGCCGAGUAUGGGAUGUUUCAUACUCCCGAAGCGACUAUCCACAGUCCAGAAGUAAGGCAUACAACGAGUAUUUGGUGCUUUGGGUCGGAGUGGGAAAAUCCCACUGAGCUGGCCGAGGCCGCCAGAGCAGAUCGUAUUAGGUCUUACUACGAGACAGUGUGUGCGUCUGAGUGGGUAAAAAGAGCCUGGACGUACCAAGAAUACGUUCUCAGCAAACGAGUGGUCUUCUUUCUGGGUACUCGAAUAUUCUGGCAAUGCGAGUGCGCAGUGUGGGAUUCAAGUCAACUUCGACCGCAGCAAAACGACCAACCUUCGCCGGGGACUCUAUCAGAAGUAGCGCCCAUGAGGCAGCUCUCAGUACCGACAUGGCCUGACUUCAGUAUCUAUGCUGACCUGGUUUGCCCCUAUAAUGGACGGGAGUUGACUUAUAAAGAAGACGGCCUCUCUGCGUUCCUAGGGGUCUUGAACUAUCUAGCUCCUGCAUUUCCACAAGGCUUUUUAUUCGGCUUACCCAGACUUUAUCUAGACCAUGCACUACUCUGGCAGCCAUUGAAAGGCACCUAUCUUGAUACAUGGCCCCGAACAAACCGGGACCACCAGGGAUGCGGCCCCUCAGCCCGAAGGCCCACGCUGCCCUCCUGGGCCUGGUGUGGAUGGCAAUGUUUUAUCGACCCUGAGAGCUUUCAAUCAGUUCCAAAUGUCGAUCAAGAUGGCCACAAGAAAAUAGACAUUACGAAUUCCUGGAAACUGCAAAACACCGUCACCUGGGAACAUGUCGACUCAGCAGAAGAACCUGCCCAGCGAACGUUGCCCAAAUCGAAUCACAUUUCAGCUUCAGUAACUCGUGCGUAUUUCCUUCCCGCAGCAACCUUGGAGAUUCAAAACGUGCCAUUCCCCAUAAGCCACGCGGGAUUCUACUCGGCGUUUGCGAACCCGGUCCUCACUCAAAGCCCCCUGACCAAUUUGUCCAAGGUGGUUGCUCUUCGAGAUACAGAGGGGAGGUUUGGGGGCGUGAUUCGUAUCACAGGAGACGCGGCGUGUGGACCAGCAGAGCCCAUUGAGCUUAUUGCAAUCUCGCAGGCAAGCGCAAAGGGCAAAUGUUUACGGAGCUGCUACGAGGACAAGGUCCUACGAAAGAGCAGAUACGCAGAUCCAAGGCCGUUCCACGCCGUAUAUGAUGGCUCUGGACGAUGGGUUGGCAUUGGAGAUGAGAUGUCCCUGGACGAUGGCCAUAAUUAUCGAGUUAUCGCUACAGGACAGUAUGAGGAGAGCUUGGAGCUGCCGGAGUAUGAAGACGAUGAGGAGUACCAGUUCUACAAUGUUCUCUGGAUCCAACGCGGGGAUAAUGAUGUGGCAUAUAGGUCUGGCUGCGGACGUGUGUUGGCGGAAGCGUGGGAGGGAAAUGAUCCGGAAGACAUACGGCUUACUUUAGGCUAA